AUGAAUUUUCAAGGACUAUUCGUCCUUAUUAUUCUUCAACUAUACCGUGACACUGUAGUUUCUGCCUUCGACAGAGAUACCAUAGAAGCCUACUUACGGCAAAGAGAAACAGUCGGGAAAGCAGAGAAAGAAGUCGACCCGGGAAUCCAGAUAUUGUUGCAAAACUUCAGGACCAAGAUAAUCACUGACGUCAAAGAGGAACUGCAGACUGUAAGCAAAGAUGCGAAGAGUUAUCAAAAGCGGUCGUUGAUUGCCACCUCGGAAUACCUUACAAAAGUGGUAGCAGAUGAAAUCAAACCAAUUAAAGAGCUUCUUAUUUCCUUGAACGGUAUGAAAAAUAUUUUCCACGAAGAAUUGACAGCUAAGGUGAGAAGCAGUAUCAAGGAUGAGCUUAGUGCUUUCCAGAGAAUGGAAAUGGAGUCGUUGGUGUUACGAGUCAAGAAUGAAAUCAUUGAGUCCUUCCAAGCUGAAUUUGUUGAUGUGAAAACUAGCUUGCAACUUGAAGGAGCUUCAGUGCGCGAUUUGGUUGUUAAUCAGACGAAGGUUCAAUCUGAAGGAAGCUUGAUCAAUCAGCAAGCUGAUGCUAGGAUAAGACAGCUGGAAAAAAAGUGCGAAAUUAAACGGUUAAUUGAAACAGCUGUUCAAGUAGCGGGUGAUAAUAGUCAAGCUGUGGAUCAAAAAUUGAAGAAUUUGGAUGAAGGAAUUCAAAAUUUGACUCUAGCUCAUCAUAGUUUGCCGCAAGCAAUGUCCAGGUCAUUCAAAAAUGAUGAUGGAAAUGAAUUGGUUGAACGGCUGGAGAAGAAAAUUGAAGAAUUGAAGCCAAAUGCGUCUUGUGAAUUGACACCAGUGCUAGCAUUGAUAAAGAGCACCGUUGAAACAAUUAAAAAUGAUCGGGAUGCAAGAUCAGAGAUAUUGAUCACUAAAUUGGUGGACAAAAUUGAGCACCUCCUGACGGCAAAAUUGAAAUCUAGGACCACGUCUUGUGAAUUGUCCAGACAUACGAAAUCAACUCUGGCUGCGAUAAAAGCUGCGACUGAUACUUUGUUAAAAACUGCAGCUACGUCUUAUGAAGAGAAUAAAUUGGAGGAAAAGUUUAAGGCAUUAUUGACCAAGUUUAAUGGUAAUACAACCGUUGGAUUCGAUGAAGUGAAUAGCAAGCUGAAUGCGAUUACAGAAACAGCUAGUAGUUGGAGGCAGAUUGAGAGUAUAUUGGCUACUGAAAUGGACAAGUUUUUGGGAAAGCAACUUACGAGUAUUAAAACUGCUAUUGGUGAUGUCUUGCCGAAUGUUCCGAAGAAUGAGAAACCUGAGUUGGGAGGAGAAGAUGGGGUUAAGUCGGCUGAGAUGAUCAAGCUUGAAGAUAUUGAAAUAUUGGUUAAAGAAGCUAAGGAGAAAGUUAAGAUAGAGUUAGGGGAGGUUGAAAGUAGGAUUUUGAAGGCUUUUAAUGAGACUAUUUUUGAUAGGCUUGUUGUAGAUGGUAAGGGUUGUAUAGAACCUCGUGUUUUAACGGGAGGAGAUGAUACGGGACGUUUGGGAGGUGAUACGGAACAUACUGGAGGGGAUGAUACGGAACAUAGUGGAGGGGAUGAUACGGAACAUACUGGGGGAGAUGGUAAAGAACAUACUGGAGGAGACGAUAUGGAACAUUCAGGAGGAGAUGAUACAGAACAUACUGGAGGAGACGAUGCAGAACAUUCAGGAGGAGAUGAUACGGAACAUUCAGGAGGAAAUGUUACGGAACAUUCAGAAGGAAAUGUUACAGAACAUUCAGAAGGAGACGAUACGGAACAUUCAGGAGAACAUGAUACAGAACAUACUGAAGGAGACGAUGCAGAACAUUCAGGAGGAGAUGAUACGGAACAUUCAGGAGGUGAUGAUACAGAACAUACUGAAGGAGACGAUGCAGAACAUUCAGGAGAAAAUGAUACAGAACAUACUGAAGGAGGCGAUGCAGAACAUUCAGGAGGAGAUGAUACGGAACAUACUGGAGGAGACGAUACAGAACAUUCAGGAGAAGAUUCUGAAGAACAUUAAUAAAGAGAUGGAGAUCAUCCGACAGAAACGAUUUCGGAAAAUAGUUUUUAAAGCUAAAAAGUUAACAUAAAUAUUACAAAUAAUUUUGAUAUUACAAUAACAUUACACGGCCUUUAAAUAUUACAAUAAAAUACACGAUAUUACAAUUAAAAUAUUACAAUAAAAUACAUGGCUUUUAAGUAUUUUAAUAUAGUACCAAACGAAUUGAAAUUUUUUGCUGGAUCAAACAAAUUACUGAAGAUAAGUCUAAUUCGAUGGAUAAAGCAAUGUAACUUAUGAUUUUCUCUAAACUACUAUUAUAAAUUAAUUAAUUAUGUAAGCUAGCUUUCUUAAUUUGUAAUUUAAUUUAAACCAGCCUUAUGAACAGAUGUUCUGCAUCUCUAUAGGACAGAUA